GGAGCAGAGUGAUUGAGAAAGAAGAAUGGGCAAGAGUGUCUGGGGCUUCUGGCAAGGCAUCAUCUCUACUGCAGUGCUCUACGGCUCGUUGGCCCUGUUCACCUCCAUUCUCCACAAUGUUUUCCUGCUUUACUAUGUGGAGACAUUUGUGUCCAUCUACAAGAUCGAUAAAGUCUCCUUUUGGGUGGGAGAGACAGUGUUUCUUCUAUGGAACAGUCUGAAUGACCCUCUCUUUGGGUGGCUGAGUGACAGCGCCUUCCUCAGCUCUCCUCAGACUGGCCCCCAGAUCACAACUCCAGAGGUGGUGCUGAAGCGCCUGAAGGCCCUCUCCAUGAAUGGCCCUCUCUUUGCUUUGUCCUUCCUGGGCUUCUGGGUGGCGUGGGCCAGGCCAGGCCUGCAGUUCAUGCUGUGCCUGUGUUUGUAUGAUGGGUUCCUCACCAUGGUCGACCUCCACCACAGCGCCUUGCUGGCUGACCUCGCUGUAUCUGCCAGCGAUCGCACACGCCUCAACUUCCACUGCUCAGUGUUCAGUGCUCUGGGCUCAGUCUCUGUAUUUCUGUCCUACUCUUUCUGGGACAAGGAAGAUUUCUACUCCUUCCGUCUCUUCUGUGUGAGUCUGGCAGCUUUUUCAGUCUUGGGCUUUUUCUCAGUGUCUCGGUUGCUACAGUUUCGUUUUCAAAAGGAAGUCCGUACAAGACAGGAUGAGGCACUCACACUCAAAGAGCUGAAUGUUGGAAAUGCUCCAUUUACCCAACCAGAAAAACCUGUGACCAUUAGACAGUACCUCAAGCAGCUCUCCAAACAAAAGAACUUCAUGUGGUUUGUGUCAAUGAACCUUAUUCAGGUGUUUCACUGCCAUUUCAACAGCAACUUCUUCCCUCUUUUCCUGGAGCAUCUCCUGUCCGACAAUAUUUCUGCUUCUACAGGUUCUAUAUUACUCGGGAUCUCUUAUAUUGCCCCCCACCUGAACAACUUGUAUUUCCUGACACUGUGCCAGCGUUAUGGGGUUUACCAGGUUAUCCGCUGGCUAUUUAUGCUCAAACUGGGACUUAGUGUGGCUAUGCUGCUGGCAGGGGCUGACCACAUUUAUCUGCUGUGCAUCUUCAUUGCUAGUAACCGGGUGUUCACAGAGGGGACGUGCAAGCUGUUGAAACUGGUGAUAUCCGAUCUGGUGGACGAAGACUUUGUGGUCAAUCGACGUCAGCAGGCCGCCUCUGCGCUGCUCUUCGGGAUGGUCGCCUUGUUGACAAAACCUGGCCAGACGUUUGCCCCGCUCAUUGGCACAUGGCUGCUCUGUGUUUACACAGGUUAUGAUAUUUUUGAGAGGGAACCUGUGAAGGACUCUCUGGUUUCUGUGCCUGAUGUUGCCUCUGGCUCGGGGACUCCGCCUCUACGCCUGGGCUGCUUCUACAUGUUAGUGUUUGUGCCUAUCACCUGUGCCCUGCUUCAGCUGGCCGCCUGGUCUCGCUUCACACUGCACGGUCGCAAGCUGCAAGGGAUCAAGACCCUGAGGCAAGGGGCCCAGCAAGGCAACCUAAUCGAUGUCAAGGCCAUAUGAAGUGAAUAAAGCUGGGUGAAGCUGCACAAAGACACUUUUUUUUAAUUGUUAGUUUAGGAAUUUCUUUGAUAAAGGCUUAAAAUACCAGAGACCAGAAAGCUUCUCAGAUGUCUUCACUCUGCAGCCCACCCUUGUGUGCAAGAAUAUGAACCAUUGCACAACAUGUGGCUUUGCACAGUAGGCUGGCAAAUCCCACUGGGAAGAACAUGAAACUGAAAUCUGCCUUAUUUUUUUAUACUAAAGUAUUUACCUAUAUUUAUAUUUGAGCAGAUAAUGACCAAAAGAUAAAGUAAAACCAAUCUAUCCUUUGGAUGCAGAAGGACCAAGACCACAUUUUUCAUUGUGCAGGCCAAAGAUGGGGCCCCCUUUUUUAAAACUGAUAGGAAAGCAUAAUUCUAAUUUGAAAGUACAGUUCGAUUUCAUUGCUGCUAAAUGAUUCAUCAAUAACAAGAGCUCAGUUUAGAGACCAGGAGGAGAGGAGGUUUACCACACUUGUAUUCUGAUUUCUAAUGUGAUAAACAAGAUUAAAUAAAGUUGCAUAAUGUCUACAUAGUGCUAUUGAUACUGCAUGAAACCUGCACUUCAGAGCCAAUUCAUGUUUCUUUUCAUUUACAGAGAAUGUUCGGCCAGUUUUAUGUUGAGAACUGUAUUUUCUGAUAUGUCCAGUAUUGAUGAUGAUGAUGUUUUUGCACAAAACUGCCAUUUGUCUGUUGUACUUCUAACAUUCUGAUAGUGACAUACUGUAUGUACUGUGAUGUGGAUUACUGGAAUUAGGAAAUGAUGCAGACAACCAUGUUAUCGGUUCACUUUUGUAAUUUUUCAGAUUAAACAAAGAAUGUCUGGCAUUACCACAAAUAAACCUAAUCUAUCUUGAUGUCA